AUGGCACCUUCGGCUACGAUCGAAGACGGCUCUGCAGCCGCCGCGGGCAAGAAGACCGAGGAGGCAAUUGUGUCUCCCAGCCGGGCCAUCUCCCACGGAGACGAGCAGGAAGGCAUCCCCACGUUCCCAACGUUUGUCGAGGCUCGCCGGCACACGCUCGUCCACAUGGCGGCGACGUUCCGCUACUUUGCGCGGCAGGGCUUCGUCGAGGGCCAGAGCGGCCACAUCUCCGUGCGCGACCCCGAGUUCCCGGGCUGUAUCUGGAUGAACCCGCUCGGCCGCCACUUUGGCAUGAUGAACGCGGGCGACAUGGUGCUGCUCGACAUGGAGACGGGCCGCUUCAUGGCCGGCUCCGGCAACCCCGCGGCUGCGGGCCGUACGGCCAACGCGGCAGGCUUCUUCAUCCACCGUUCCGUGCACCGUGCGCGGCCACACGAUGCCCAUGCCGUGUGCCACGCGCACACGAUGGCCGGCCGGGCGUGGGCGGCGUUUGGGCGGCCGCUCGACAUGCUGACGCAGGACGUGUGCACGUUCUACGGCAAACAUGCCGUGUACGCGCAGUACGGCGGCAUUGUGUUUGCCGACGAAGAGGGCGAGCGGAUUGCAGCGGCGCUGCAGCCGGCGCACCGGGGCGCCAUCCUGCUCAACCACGGGCUGAUCUCGGUCGGCCAGACGGUGGACGAGGCUGGGUUCUUGUUCGGGCUGCUGGACCGGUCCUGCAAGAUCCAGCUGCAGGUGGAGGCCGCAGCGGCCAAUGGCCUCAAAAAGCACCUGGUCAGCGACGAGGAAGCGGCAUACAACGAGCGCAUGGGCGCCGAUGCCCAUAUAUUGUACCGCGAGGCGCAGCCGGACCUCGAGUUUGAGAUUGCGGCGGCCGGCGGCGAGGACGCCGUCGCCAGGGGCUUUGACCAGCUGGUGCUAAAGGUCGAGUAG